AUGUCCGCCGGCCCGCCGCCGCGAGUCGGCCAACGUGUGUCCUAUGACGGCGCCGUCUGCACCGUUCGCUAUGUCGGCGAUGUCGCGGGCACCUCAGGGGUCUGGCUGGGAGUAGAAUGGGAUGACCCUACGAGGGGCAAGCACGACGGGAGCCACAAAGGCACCAAGUACUUCAAAUGUCUUUCCAACUCCCCCACGGCAGCCUCCUUCGUCCGGCCUUCUCGGCCCGCGGAGAAGCCGCAGGGGUUUCUCUCGGCAUUGCACGAGAAAUACGCGUCCGAGGUCGACGCUACUACUAAUGCACCGGUCUCCUCGGCGCGCCUGAUUGAGAUUUCGGGCAAAGUCGUCGAGGAGGUGGGCUUCAACAAGAUCCGUUCACGCCUAGCCCGCGUCGAGGAUCUCAAGAUCGUCAUCCUCGAUGGCAUGCGUGUCUCCUCGACCGCUGCCAUGGGGUUGAGUGACGGAAGAUUCGACUCCAUGACCGUUGCCGAGACUUGCCCCAAGAUCAUUGAGCUGGAUCUGAGCCGCAACCUGUUUGAUAAUUUUGGACUUUUGGUCGAGGUCUGCGGUCAGCUGCCCGAUCUCCGGAGCCUUAGAAUCAAUGGCAACCGCUUUCAAGACGUCCUCCGUGAUCACUCUCUCGAGAAAGCUGAUCAUAUCUUCACCCACGUCAAGGAGCUUGCGCUUGAGGAGACUCUACUCCGGUGGGAUGAUAUAUGCCAUAUCACCGCCAGAUUUGGUUCUUUGGCUAGCCUCCACUGCGGAACAAACCAGCUUACCGCCAUUCCAACAGCUCUGCCCAAGGCCCUCUCGUCAUCCUUGACGGUUCUAAACUUGGAAUUCAAUGGGUUCAAGGCUCUGUCGGAUGUCACCAUGCUCUCGUCCCUAGUCUCGCUACGCAACUUGCAUCUCAAGGGUAAUAGCAUCUCAGCCGUGACGUCGGACCCUUCCAUACCCAUCUCUCCGUUCCCGCCAUCCAUUCACUACGUGGAUCUCUCUUAUAAUCAAAUUCCCUCGUGGGACUUUGUCGACUCUCUACAGUCCGUAUUCCCCGGGCUCACCGCCCUCCGCCUAGCCCACAACCCCAUUUACGAGAUCCAGGACCAAACGGCCCAGCAGGAGUCACGCGGGGCUUCGAGUGAAGAAGCACACAUGAUCACUAUCGCCCGUCUAAGCCAACUCAAAACGCUCAACUUUGUGUCCGUAACGCCUAACGAUCGCGCCAACGCCGAGAUGUUUUACCUCUCUCGCAUCGCAAAGCAGUUGGCCGCGGUCGCCGAGGAUGCCGGUGCCGAGGUGCUUCGGGCGCAUCCUCGAUAUGCGGAACUCUGUGAGGAGUAUGGCGAGCCUGAUAUCAUCCGCCGGAAAGAGGUGAACCCGGACUUCCUCGAGGCGAGACUGGUCACUGUCACUUUCAAGUAUCUCGAUCCCGCCGAAAAGGUAGCAAAUAAAGCUCAUUUGGGAAACGGGGAAUGGGAUCCCGCCGCAGACCUUGACGAGAAGGAGGGAGACAGCAGCGACGAGGAGGAUGAGAUUGCCGGGGACGAGAUGGAGUGGGCCGUUGGGGAACAAGGGGGCGAAAGCGCGGCGCCGAAAGGGCUCGGCGGCGGCGGUGAUCAAGAGGCUGGGGAGGCAUCUGGUGGUGUAGUCGGGCGGUGGAUCAAGAGGGAGCAGGAGCUGUUGGAUAGUCCCCGGGCCCUCAGAUUCUGUGUGGAUGGGCAGGAAGCCAAAAUCCGCGUGGAGGUGAAAUGA